AUAACUCCAACCAAUCAACAAGAUGAAAAGCUCCGUCAUUAUCCUGUACAAAUAUCACGUAUAAAAUAUCCAGCUUAAAUUGAAUAAAAAAAUCAAAAUAAUGCUAAAACCAUUUGAUGAAGAUUUUUGUACCCUUUUUAUUAUAGUUUUUCCAGAUUCUUCUUUUUCUGCUUGCUCAUCGUCAUCCAAACGAACAGAGCCCAAAUAAAGGAAAGAAUAAGAAAAGCUGUGGCUUUCGGUGCCUGCUCGCCGCCAUAAUCAUUUUCGCUUCUUUCUCUCUCUAUUUUCAUUAUUCUGGGUCUCACUCUUUUUUAGAUCAAUUCUCUCGUGCAGAGGUUUUGAGGGUUUAGGAUCGAAGGCCGAGGUCAACGAUCAUCUGAAUUUCUGUGAUCUGAAAUUGAAAUACCAAUUGUAAAACAGUAGCUCAGAAUGGAGGCUGGUAGUGAUUUUAUACAGUAUCUUGGAUCAGACAUGUCUAUAAAGAUCCUUACGAGUUUAAAUGACCCUUCUGAUCUUGUUCGCGUGAGUGCCGUCUCUCUCUCUUGGCGCCAAUUUGUGAUUGCUAAUGGCCUGAGUAAGCAGCUUUGUGUAAGGACAUGUCCAGAGGUAUCAAGUUUUGCUAACAUUGUUGAAGUUAAAAACACAAUUGAACCUUUGGAUAAUGGGAAGGAGGAUUCUUCCGAAUGGGUUUGCCUUGAGAGAGAUCAUAGGGUGUAUGCAUUCUUGACACGAAGUCUUACCUUGUUCACGUGGAAAGAUUGCAUAUCAGAUGCUAUAGUUGCAUCCAGCACAGAUAAUUACCCUCAAGAAAGCAUCAAGAAUACUCUUGAAUCAAGUGACAGGGUCGACCAAAGAGCUUCAUACUGGUCAAGUAAGGGUGCAAGCAAUCCUGCAGUUCCCGAGACAUUAACGUAUAAAUUGGCUGCAAGAUUGUGUAUGAUUACUGAAGUUCAUGUUCAACCGUUUCUAGCUUAUUUUCAGUUUGGCUUCCCCAUAUAUUCUGCAAAGGCUGUGAGAUUCCGAAUGGGGCAUCCCAAGGACCUAAUGGAGGUAGAAAAUGUUGACACGGAUGAAUUUCCAGCACAUCAAGAAUCUGCUGGUGACAAGUUUUUAUGGACAUAUACUUCCCCGGAAUUUCCAAUGGCCCAAGAGAAUCGCUUGCAAAAGUUUAAGCUUCCAGAACCAGUACUUUGCAUUGGAGGAAUCCUGCAAGUCGAGCUAUUAGGCAGAGUUCAGACACAACAAAUGGAUGGUUUAUAUUAUAUAUGCAUCGGGCAUGUUCAAGCUGUUGGAAGACCACUCUCACCAGCAUUUGAUAUCAAAAUGAUGGCCGAGUCUGGAAAAUGCACGUUAGAGUAUAAUCCUGAAGCAGCGGCACAUUAUUUGUCACUGGCUAAGCAUCCUGAAAUAGAGCCAAAUUGUCGUCCUCAAUUUCACAGGUUUAGUGCAAGCAUAAGGGGUUGGGAGCAAAUGAUCCUCAACUCGCUACUGAGAGCUGGACCAAUGGUCCUGGAUCCUGACUUUGAUUCAGAUGACGACGAGUUCCUUGCCUAGUUUUGAUUUCUCUCUAUGGUUUUUUGCCUGCCUUACUAAUAAGAUUGAACAUGGCAGCUGGUUGAAUUGAUUGGUUUGGCCUCGGGCAAAUGAUUCGACAUCCUCGGCUGAAAUUGUUAAUCUGAAGUAUUUACAAUCUUCUUAGUACUGUAUAGGUGUUGUUUCUUUAGUUUUGGAAAUGCUUUUAUAAUGAUAAAAAUUCGGCCAACUCGACCUGCAUGGUUUUCAAUUUAAUUGGAUAUGGAUACAUGCUUGUGCCUUUUUCGAUGAUA